UCUCCCCAUUCUCGCACCGCAUUGCACGCAGCUUGCACCGAAUCAUCACCAGAAUCUCUAGCUAGCAAAGAAAGCUGUGUUUGGCUUCGACGAAGAUGGUGACGGCCGAAACAGCUAGGAACGUAGUUGGCAUCAUCGGGAAUGUCAUAUCUUUUGGCCUCUUUCUCUCGCCAUGCCCGACAUUUUACAGAAUCGUAAAGAACAAGUCAGUGGAGGAAUUUAAAGUGGAUCCUUACCUUGCUACCGUGUUGAACUGCAUCUUCUGGGUUUUGUAUGGCUUGCCCUUUGUUCGUCCGGACAGCAUCCUCAUCGCCACCAUCAACGGCGUUGGGCUUGUGCUAGAGCUCAUUUACAUAUGCAUUUUCUUUUCUAUGCUCCAAACAAGGAAAGGGUAUAAGAAAGUGAUUUAUUGGCUUUGCGGGGAAGUCAUCUUUAUUGCUGCAGUAUCACUGGCGAUCUUGCUAGUUUUUCAUGACCACAAGAGAAGAAUCCUUGCCUUUGGAAUUAUCUGUGAUGUGUUCAACAUCAUAAUGUAUAGCUCACCUCUUACUAUCAUGAAAAAAGUGAUCACCACAAAGAGUGUGGAGUACAUGCCCUUCUAUCUCUCACUAGCCAACUUUCUUAAUGGCUGUGUGUGGACUGCGUAUGCCCUCAUCAAGCUCGACAUUUUUGUUCUGGUUAGCAAUGGUCUUGGAGCGUUAUCUGGUGCGGUGCAGCUCAUACUCUACGGUUGGUACUUUAGGUCCACACCGAGAGAUGAGAAGGUCGUCGAAUUGAAGGCUUCUCAAAUCCAGCUCUCCGUUUCUGAUGGACCGGACAGAGUGUAAUCAAGGAACAUUACCCCAACUGCUGCUCUCUAAUCCAGUUCUCCAUUUCUGACGGACCGAACAAAGUGUAAUCGAGGAACAUUACCCCAAUUUGCUGCUCUCUGUCUAAAAAAUCUAGGCGCUUGUCUCAUGUUUAUAGCCGCUUCUCGUUUUUUCUGCAUUAAGCUAGGGCUGAGUUGAGGACAAAGAACUUGUUGCAGCACU